ACCCUGGCUACCCAUUUUACAACCCUUAAUAUCUUAACCCUUAAUAUAACAACACUGUUGCCGAGUACCGCGGCCGAGGGCAAAGGGCGUCGAAGGAAAAAGAGAAAAUCUUCCUCACUUUUCUUGAUACCCAUCAUCUCUCUCAUCCCUUCCUCUCUCGGGUCAAAGAUCUAUUUACAUAACAAGUCCCCAAAUCGGAACUGGAGAAAUUACACUUUCACCUGAUCACCAAAUUUAAACUGCUUCAAACCGUUGAACGGUCCAUGAACUCUUCCUUCACUACUCUUGUUCCUUCCUAUCCUUUCUCACUGUAAUUAUUACACUUUGCGCAUCACCAAAGUACUCGAAACCCACCAUGUCUAUCUCAUCACGUUCAAAGACCAUGAAUACCAAUACGAAACCUCGCAAGUCAAUCCCCACCCGUCGAACCUCUCAAAAACAUGUCGUGUCAAUACCGAAAUCUCCUCAAAAACAAAGACGUCACGCCGGAAAAAGCUUUGAAACAGAUGACAACCAGUCCGAUGAGGAUGACGCGAAUCCUUCAAACUCGGUACUUCUCAAACCUACUCGCUCUGCUCGUCCUUCCGCACAACCUGAGGUGGAUAGGGAUUUACAAGCCGGAUCUUCUACAGGUCCAGGGACGCGUCAAAGGGAAGUGUUGAUCCGUCAGAACGACGCGACUUUCAUCUUGGAGCAUGGAGAUGAUCAUGUGGGAAUUGUUGGAGGGAUGGUCAGUGAGAAAAGACAUGUUGACGAGGAAGUGUCUGGAAAGGGUAAAGGAAAAGGAAAGAGUAAGGUCUCAUUAGCAGUUAAUGAACGUCCAACGAGGAUAAGACGGGCUGCUGGAGGUGGACAAGAAGGGAUUAGGGAUGUAGAACAGAUGGUCAUUGAUUGGUUGACUUCUUAUCAUGAAAUCCCCUCUACUCCCCCUUCGGAAACUAUCAUCCAUCUCACUACCCUUCCAUUGUCUGACCUCAACCCCCCGACAUAUGUCAUAGAUCAAUCGAGUAGUACACCCAAGACAGCCCUUCAAACUCCCACCCGUCCCAGAAGCUUCGUCCCCCCCUCGCCGCGUGUGCCGCUACCUACAAGGGAAGAAGAAGGGAAGAUACACGUUCCGGGUUGGAGGGUUAUCGCACCUGGCGAAGACGAUAGAGAAGAUGCGAUUUUGGAAAUGCAAAUAGAUUUGAAGAGUCCGAAAAAGACGAGGAGGGCGCAGAUGGAAGAGGACGACUCGGACGAAACGUUCAUCCUUCGUCAUAGAAAACACGAAGUCGCCGAGAAAUCAAUGUGGUUACGAGAAAAGGAAACUCUCGCUUUUGAGAGACAUAAAUUACGUUCCCGAGUUGAUCUCCUUCGUAAUCUUUCAGAAAUGGCCUGG